AUGAGCAGCUCUCCACAACUCCUUGCCUCCCAAUCACACGAUGGCAGUCUCGUGGCAGUCGCCGUGCUACCCAUGACAUCUCGCUUGACGAUUCAAAUCUACCAAGUGGAAACGCGCGCACUCAAAACGACCUUGACGACGGGAAAAGCCAAGACCGUCGCUCGCAUUUGCUUUUGUGGCAAUGAUCACGUCAUUGUCCAAACUACCGACCAAUCGGUAUUGAUUUGGGAUUUGAAACGAGGUGGUGUCGUUGCUCAUGAAAUUACUUGUGACAGUGACAAGUCCAUUUUGACCGUCACCUGCCACGAUAGUCGCAUCUAUUUGCUCGUGGGCGUUGGCGCUUCCAACAAUACUAAUCAAAAAUUACAAGUUCACCAAUACGAUCCCACAUCUGGACGACUACUGCGCAAAGUCAAAGUGGGAAAACGAGAAGGACCCGUCGUCGGAUUGGCGGUACACCAACAAUCCUUCCUGGUACGAAACGGAAGUCCCAAGGAAGCCUUUCGUGUGCUAAAUGCCGAAACGGGUGCCAAACUGGAAAAGUACAAGUACAAACAAAAGGGGGGUCCGGGAGGAAUUUACACCUGUCGCAAUUUGGUGGUGUUGCCCACUUUGACGUCGAUCGCACUAUUUGAUUGGAACACCAAACAAUGGUUGGAACCACUGCCAGGCGGAAAAGGCCCGGUACGAUUGUGGGAACAGGACCAACAAGUUCACAUCGUUGUCGGCAGUCAGGCAGUGUACCGAUUUUCGUCCGGUAAGGCCGAACUGAUUUCCAAAAUUCAAUGCCAUCAUCCCGUGGCAUUGCUACCCGGUUCUCGCGACGACAUGACGGCCGUCUUGCACAAUCCCACGGCCAAAGGAGGCUCUUUGCAAGUGCAGACGGUCGAAUACAAUAAUAAUGACGACGACAAGUUGACCAUUCAGUGGCAAGAACCAACCAAAGACAUGGACGACAAGGACAACAACAAAACCGCCAAACGUUCCAAGGAAAGCAUGGUUGUCCUGGGCCCAGGGCAAGCGGGAACAGAGAGUACUACCGUGUCGGAAGGAACGCAACCACGCAACAAAAAGAGAAAGAUCAGUGGAGAUGAUAGUAGUAACAAGAAAGACGACGAUGAGGACAUGGAGGAGGAGGACGAUAAUGAGGGCGAUAAAGAGGCACACGACGACGACCCAACCGAAACGAUUGGGGUCAGCAUUGCCGAUCGACUUGAGCAACUCACACGGGUCAUGGAAGAAGAAGACGCCCUCGAUGACAUGGUGGACUUUAAUCGACAUGCUCCCGAUGGAAGAAUCAUUACCCACAAGGAAAACUUUGGUCAAACAGCCACCACCGAGUCCUUGUCGGAACUAUUGACCCAAGCCUUGCAGGGCGGAAACGAUGGUCUCUUGGAAUUGGCAUUGGGUGUACAAGACACUCAAAUUCUCCAGCAAACUGUGGAAGGACUCAGUGACCAGUCGCUCAAUACGCUAUUGACCAAGUUGACAACCCGUCUUGCGAGCAAACCGCUGCGAGUUGCCGAAUUGAUUGUCUGGUUUCGAGCCAUUGUGCAAACGGGACGGAUUCGAGACCCUGCUCAGUUGUUGCCGCUGAAAAAUCUCGUGCAGGAGCGAGUGAGUUACUUUCCACAAAUGUUGCAACUGGAGGGACGGCUCAACAGUCUCAAGGGACUGCAUCUGUUGGACCGCUAG